AAACACUAAAAAGGUUCACAUCUCUCCUCCAGAUAAGAAAUUCUACUUGGGGCCGAGGAUAAGUGGACAUUGCAGAACAUUUGAGUGCCAGAAAGAGAUGAGUUGGUGCUGUACUUAUAAUCCUCUCCCUCUAUAUAGUCGUCUGCAAGUGACGGACUUCUCUUGUUCUUGGCAAUUGAAGAAUGCCCAAAAGAUGCUUCUAUCUCUGGGAAAGAAGCCCGAGAAGAAGAAGCAAUUCUAUAGAUUCCAAACCCCUUCAAAGGUUGUCGCUUACUAUAGAUUGAAGACACCACCUUAUAAACUCGAUGCUUUAGAACCAUAUAUGAGUAAGAGGACACUAGAGAUGCAUUGGGAAGAACAUCAUCGUGCCUAUGUGGAAGGAUUGAAUAAACAGCUAGCAAAUGAUGAUAUACUAUAUGGGUAUACUAUGGAUGAACUUGUCAAAGUAACAUAUAACAAUGGGAACCCCUUACCUGAAUUCAACAAUGCUGCCCAGGUCUGGAAUCAUGAUUUUUUUUGGGAAUCCAUGCAACCAGGAGGCGGUGAGAUGCCAGAACUUGGGGUACUUCAGCAGAUUGAAAAGGAUUUUGGUUCCUAUACAAAUUUCAAAGAGAAGUUUACAGAAUCAGCUUUUACUGUAUUUGGCUCUGGUUGGAUUUGGCUUGUAUUGAAGAGAGAAGAAAGACAACUUGCAAUCAUUAAAACAUCAAAUGCCAUCACUCCACUUGUAUGGGAUGAUAUCCCCAUCAUCUGUUUAGAUAUGUGGGAGGUAAAUUUAUACUCUCGGUCUCUCUCACACGCAAAAACCACAGCAUGCUUAUUAUCUGGAUUACAAGAAUGACAGAGAGAAGUAUGUGAAUACAUUUAUGAAUCACCUCAUCUCAUGGAAUGUAGCAAUGGAACGUAUGGCACGUGCGGAGGCCUUUGUUAAUUUAGGUGAACCGAAAAUUCCUAUUGCUUGAAUUUUUUUUGGCAUGAAGAAUUCAUGAUUAAAUACUGUCAAAGGCUUCUGAGUGAUAAUGGUCAGACAUCAUCCACUGGAAACCAUUAAGACACAAAUUUUGCACUUGUGUAAAAUGAGCUAAUGCUUUUUUGUAGCCCCUAGUUUAGUUCUUGCCGUGUGACACAAAUUGAUGCCCUGAUGUGAUGUGAUGGAUUAUAAUCAAUAUGCACUGCAUUUGUGGAAGAGAGAGAGAGAGAGGAUUUUAGAGAUACACAAUGUACUGGUUAUUUAAUUUACAAAGUCGAAGGAAAAUACAAUGUUGGAAUGUUCAUGUUUACAAUUAUAACAUGAAUUAUUUCUAAUAUUUAUUUAUAUUUUCAUAAAAUUAUAUUAAAACUCUAGAGACGAAAUGUUUCGUUAUUAAUUUGUUA